CCAAAUCCUUAAAGCAGAGCUGCAAAUUCGGGGAAGAGAGAGAAAGAGAGAUUGCCAAUAAAAGCGGUCCAAAUGAAAGUGUGUUCUGUUCUUGUAUUGUCUAUUGUGGUUUUCUUCUCAGCGUUUUGUGAAUUCGUGUCUUGUGGUGACGAUAAUCUGAUCAGAAUGGCAACCCUUGGUGGUGUUCGUGAAGUUGAGGGGUUUCAGAACAGUAUAGAGAUCGAUGAACUCGGUCGCUUCGCGGUUGAUGAACACAACAAGAAAGAGAAUAAGAUUCUUGAGUUUGCUGGGGUGGUGAAGGCGAAGGAACAGGUGGUUGCUGGUACUCUCCACCAUCUCACUCUGGAGGUGGUUGAGGCUGGUAAGAAGAAGAUCUAUGAAGCCAAAGUCUGGGUGAAGCCAUGGAUGAACUUCAAGGAGUUGCAGGAUUUCAAGCCCGCUAGUGGUUCGCCCUCAUUUACCUCCUCCGACCUUGGUGCUAAGCAAGAUGGCCACAAGCCAGGAUGGCGAGCAGUUCCUGCACAUGAUCCUAUUGUCCAAGAUGCAGCAAAUCAUGCUGUGAAGACCAUCCAGCAGAGGUCUAACUCUCUGGCCCCUUAUGAAUUGCUGGAGGUUCUCCUUGCAAAGUCUGAGGUGAUUGAUGAGGUAGCCAAACUCAAUCUGCUUCUCAAGCUCAAGAGGGGGAGCAAGGAAGAGAAGUUCAAUGUUGAAGUACAUAAGACUGUUGAAGGUAGCUUCCAUUUGAAUCACAUGCAGCAAGACUGCACCUGAAUUAAUACUAAAACAGUGUGGACUGAUAAAAGUCUGUUUGUCUAGUUUUUACUCUUGAAGACCUUUCAGAAUCUUGUGUUCAAAUAAUCUUCAAGUGCUAUAAAUACUUAUGUAGAUCUUGUGCCUUCUCUACUAUUUUGAAAUCCAUGUUGUGUUAAAACAGA